AUGCAAGAAGCAUGCUGCACCUGCGCCCGGCUCCUCUCCGCUGAUCCCGGCCGGUCCGGCUCCGAGAAGAAGAACAUCGACGGAGCAUUCCCGGAAUACCACCGCAGACUAGACUGUUGCGGCCGGGUCAUCUGCCGAGACUGCACUUCCACAAACACACGCUUCGCCACCUACUGCCCCUACUGCCAAAUCUCAUCCUGCCCCUCCGCCCUGCCCCCAGGCGGCCUGCGCGCCCCGCCGCCCUACGGGGCUUCAGCCGCAGGCAACAGCAAGAACAGAGAGCCGCCCUGCCGGCAGCGUGUACCCCCAGCCGCCAGUGACGACGCCCCGCCGCCGUACGCCGUCGCAGCCGCCGCAGCGGAGACCAACUACGCCGCCAACGACGACAGCAAGGCCCAGGCACCGGCCGCAGAAGCAGAAGCACAAGUAGAAGACGUCCUGCACUUCCUCGACCACGACCGCGACACGGUCGCCUCCCUCUCCCUGCGCUACGGCGUGCCCGCGGCCGCCCUCCGCGCCGCCAACCGCCUGCCCAGCGACGCCCUGCUCGCCGCGCGGCGCGCCGUCGUCAUCCCCUCCGGAUCCGGGACGAGGAGGGGGCCGGGGCCCGGCGGCGGUCUCGUAAGCCUGUCGCCGCGCCCCGUCGGCGGCGAGGCCGAGGAGCUGCGCAAGGCCAAGAUCCGGCGCUGGAUGGUGGCCUGCAAGGAGGCCGACUACGACGUGGCCGUGCUGUACCUCGAGGGCGCCGACUACGACCUGGCGCUGGCGACCGAGGCGUACCUGGCCGACGAGGAGUGGGAGCGGGCACACCCCGUCGAGCAAGGUGCCGGGCGAUCAGGGGCCAGCAGAACCGGCAAGGCUCCAUCAUCGUCCUUGAAGAACCGCUUCCGCUUUGGGAAAGGGAGUCUGUCACGGACAUCCUCAGGCUAA